GGGGCAGCACAAUGCAGGCCGACUUAAGAUAAGUUAUGUUUUGAACGUUCGGUUUCAACACGUGUUUUUAAAAUGAAAUUUUAAUUGUCUUCGUUUGAAGUAGCCUGCGAUCCCGCGAUGGAUGAACAAACGGCGCUUGUCUUGGCCCUGCAAUUAGUGGCAUUGUUUUCGAUCGCUGGUGCGCUCCUCCUCUAUCUGUUGUGCAAAAUCAAAGCCGAAACGGAUGUGGAGACGGCGGACAGUUCGCCGGGAAGUGGCAAACCGAUAUUGGUUACGUCCUGUGACAAUGCAGUCGGAUUACAGAUAGCAAUAUAUUUAGCAAAUCGUGGUUUUCGUGUGUUUGCUGGCCUGAAGGAAGGUGCAUCUUCCGGUGACUCGGGAGAUUCGGCCCCGUCGAGGGUAAUACGUGCCUGGCAGAAGGAAAGGGAAAGUGCCCCGCGGCCCUUGCAAGGCACACUGGUCGCUCUGCCAUUAGACGUUAACCGAGAAGAUUUGCUCCAUGAAUCUGUUGAUAUUAUCCGCGCGCAUUUACCAGCUGGAAGAGAUGGUCUCUGGGCGGUGAUUAAUACCUCCGGCUUACUUUACAAAGGCCGUUUGGAACAACAAAAUGUCUCCCACUGGGAAGCCAUCAUGAAGACGAACGUGCUGGGUUUGUUACGCGUCGCACGCACUUAUCAAGGAUUAUUACGGAAUACCAACGGUCGUAUUAUUACUUUCGGAGCUUCGGAGGGUGAAGAGUCAGGUCUUGUUGCCUACACUGCAUCUCGGUAUGCCAUCAAGGGCGCUGGCAAUGCCCUUCGUCAGGAAUUAGCCCCGCUCGGUAUCGGCGUAGUCAACUUAAACCCAAUUGGGAUAUCGAAUGAAUACAUGUUGACUCCACCGAAAAUUGUCAAUAAACCCAGCGAAGUCUCCGUGGAUUUAUCAGGCUGCUUGGAGUAUCAGCCUGUCGUACUGCCACACAAGUCAUUGCAAGUUAUCGACGAAGUUCUCUCGAGUCAAAAGCCUAAAAGGAGCUAUAAUCUAAUGGAGAAGCGUUUGUGGCAGAUUCGGCCAUCGGAUAUUUUCAAUAUCGCUUGAAAGAACAAACAUUUGUAUAUAUUAUACUCAGACUUUCUAGGAUUCUUGUUUUCUAACCGUGUUAGUGGCUCAUUUUCGCAUUUGUUGCCCCCUUGUUUUGUUGUACAUAUAAAUUAACUUUAAAUAAAUUUAUUUUUUACUUA